CUAGCGCGCUGCUGUCCAGGCGGAGUGACGCUUUAAUCUCUUGACGCUCAACACCAACACAACCGUCCUGUUUACUCUUAGCGAGCCAGGCACGCAAUUCUCCCCUUGCCACCCCCCUCGUCCUCUCUUCUCUCUGCUUCCCCUCCGCAGCCAACCGCCCGCCCGCUCUGCCCGCGCUUCCGUUUUCCGCCCACCCCACUCAGGACUCGAGUGACGGCUCACAAUUGCAUGCACGCGAGACUCCGUUCGCUGCACCUCCGCUUCUCCUCGCCCUUCGCCCCGCGGUCCUCGUAGGCACCAGGCACCAUGGGUCAGACACUCUCCGAGCCCGUUGUUGACAAGAAAUCAGAGUCCGGCGAUGGCGACAACCUCAUCUUCGGCACCUCCUCGAUGCAGGGCUGGCGCAUCAGCAUGGAGGACGCCCACGCCUGCAUCCUCGACCUGCAAUCCGCGAUCGAGGGCAAGCCCAGCGACGCCGACAAGCGCCUGGCCUUCUUCGGCGUGUACGACGGCCACGGCGGCGACAAGGUCGCCAUCUACACCGGCGAGCACCUGCACGAGAUUGUCGCAAAGCAGGAGGCCUUCAAGGAGGGCGACAUAAAGAAGGCGCUCCAGGACGGCUUCCUCGCCACCGACCGCGCCAUUCUGAGUGACCCACGAUACGAGGAGGAGGUCUCUGGCUGCACAGCCUCCGUCGGCAUCCUCUCCAAGGACAAGAUCUACGUCGGCAACGCUGGUGAUUCGCGUACAGUCUUAGGUGUCAAGGGCCGCGCAAAGCCGCUCUCCUUCGACCACAAGCCCCAGAACGAGGCUGAAAAGGCACGCAUCCAGGCCGCAGGAGGCUUCGUCGACUUUGGCCGCGUCAAUGGCAACCUCGCCCUGUCCCGUGCGAUAGGCGACUUCGAGUUCAAGAAGAGCGCCGAUCUGCCCCCUGAGCAGCAGAUCGUCACCGCGUUCCCCGACGUCGAGAUCCACGAGAUCAACGCCGACGACGAGUUCCUCGUUGUUGCUUGCGACGGCAUUUGGGACGUGCAGUCCUCUCAGGCCGUGGUCGAGUUUGUUAGGCGCGGAAUUGUGGAAAAGCAGGACCUCGCCUCCAUCUGCGAGAACAUGAUGGACAACUGCUUGGCGUCGAACAGCGACACGGGAGGCGUCGGCUGCGACAACAUGACUGUCACCAUCAUCGGUCUGCUCCAGGGGCGCACCAAGGAACAGUGGUACGAGGAUAUCGCAAAGAGGGUUGCCAACGGAGAGGGCCCAUGUGCGCCGCCCGAGUACGCCGAGUUCCGCGGCCCGGGAGUUCACCACCGCAUUGACGACAGUCCCGAUGAACAUGACAUGGACCUUGACCACGGGUUUAGGCAGACUUCCGGUACGGGCGGCCGCAUUAUUUUGUUAGGCGAUGGCACUGAAAUUGAAACCGACGGCGCAGACAACGAGAUGUUCAACAGUGCCGACGAAGAGAAAGACCUCGACUCGCAGGUCAACAAGUUCAGCAAAGAUGACAAGCGGGACGGCACCCCCGGACCCAAUGUCACCGAGGUCACCGAAUCGCCCUCGUCGGUCGCAACUGAGAAGUCCGAGGACAAGGAUACAACCGAGAAGACCAAGCUGGACACCCCUACGAGCGCGAAAUAGAUACUAGACCCGGUGCUGGUCGAGUAAUGUCUCUCAUACCAUGAUUACGGCGAUUCGUAUGUUUGUUGGACGCGGUUAUGAAGAUAUGGAAAUGGGCAGUGUCAAAGUCACGAUUCAAGAUACCUGGCGUCGUAGCCUGUCGCCAUCCUCUAGCUACCUAUCUUUUUGGUUCAGUUACCUCCGUCUGAUGAUGCUCGUAUA